AUUUGGCGAGACAACAACAGCGGCAGCGGCAGCGGUAGCGGUAGCCUGAAACGUAGACGUGGACGUAGGCGCGCGCGUCAUAUUCGUCGGCAUGCGGCGAGCGUGAAAACGUGAAACGUGUCGUUGCAGUUGUAACGGUACAAAGAAAUCGCACAAGAUAUUUCAAGGCACACAGAGUGAUUAUUGUUUUUGUGUGCGUGUGCGUGUGUUUGCGUGUGCGUGCGUGUGCUUGUUGGCAAGUGUAAAGUGCUAAAGUGAAGUGCUCUUAAAACUGUAACAGCAGCCCAUACUUAAAUACUUGUACUGUAUGCAACAACUGGAUACGGAUACGCGCGUCUUGCAUUAAGCAUAAACCAGCCCAUACCAACCAGCUAAACGACAACAUGCACCUGUAUCUGGCGCUAAUCUCGUGCCUCGUGUGCACCGCCCACUGCUGGCAGUUCGAUGGCGGAGGUGCUGCUGUCGCGGGCCGCAGGGCGGUGCAGCGCAGCGCCAGGAAUACGGCACGCGCUUUGGCGCGCGGCCCGCCGCCGGCUCGAGGAUCGGCCGCGCUGCUCGGCAGUCAGCAGCAGGAUGUGCUAUACGCGUGUCCACUCAACUCGAUGUGCCAGUGCGCCGGACUGCCCAACGAGACGUCCACGCUGAUUGAGAUUAAUUGCAACGAGGUGGCGCUGUACAAGUUUCCAGAGUUCAUACACAGCAGCGUGCGCUACAUCGAAAUGUCCAAUACGCAUCUGCAGAGCGUCGACGAUGAAACAUUUCAGGGACUGCGUCUGAAGACACUGAAGUUAAUCGACAACGAGCUGCAGGACAUAUCCGAGCGCAGUUUCAGCACAAUGACGUACUCUCUGAUGACUCUGGACAUCUCGGGCAACAAGAUGCAGCAGCUGCCACUGGAGGCACUGCAGAGAUUGCACUCGCUGACGCGACUCGUGGCGCAACGGAAUCACAUAACCAGCUUAGAGGGCAACUGGGAGGCGCAGCACGAUACGCUGCGUUCACUUCAUCUGUCCGGGAAUGACAUUACGGAAGUGGCGCCAGGUGGUGCUCAGGAUUCGCUCGCCAAUCCUGGCGAUAACAGCUCACAGCCGAGCAGCUUGACUGCGGUGCAGAGUCGGCUGGAUGGCAGCAAUACGUUACAUGCAGCUAAUCCUGGUGCUGACCGGGCGGGCGGCCGUCCCUUUGAGCAGCUGCAGAAGCUGCUUUGGCUGGACUUGUCGAACAAUCGCAUAACCCAUGUGGCGGCCAACUAUUUGCCACGCUCGCUGGUGACCAUGGAUCUGUCCAGCAAUUUGUUGAGCGUCUUCCCCCAGCAGCUGUUCGAGCAGCUGCCGGAGCUGCGUAUUGUCAGUCUGCGGGACAAUCUGCUGCGCAGCGUCCAGUGGAAGGAGCUGCAGUUGCGGCCGCUGCGCAUGCAUCUGGAGAAGCUAGAUCUGGGUCAGAACUGCAUUGAGCACCUGGAAUCGGACUACUUCCAGCAAAACUAUUCGGACGUGCACAUACGUGCGCUCAACAUGGAGCAAAACUAUGUUGGACAGCUGCCGGCGGAGGUCUUCAAGGACACGGGCAUUGUGCAUCUUGUGCUGGCUUUCAAUGCCAUCAGCCGAGUGCAUCCGGCUGCAUUUGAGGGUUUGACGGAUACGCUGGAAUACUUGGACUUGGAACGCAAUCACCUGACCACUGUGCCGGUGGCCAUAUCCACACUGCAUCGCCUGAGAUAUUUGUAUCUCACCUCCAAUCAGAUCGAUCAGCUCAGCAAUUUGCCCACGUUUACGGAGAAUCUGAAGGUCUUGAGCCUGAGCGGGAAUAAUUUUACAAUGAUACCCGUUUUGGGCUUGAAGAACUACACCCAGCUAUCCUAUCUGAAUAUGGGCUACAACUCCAUAGCCGAUAUACCCGAGGGCAUCUUUGCCGUGGACGGCUGGGGCGCCAACCUGCAGACUAUUCUGCUGCGGAACAAUAAGAUAACGCAUCUGCAUCUGGGCUCGUUUGCGGGCCUGGAGCAAAUACAGGAGAUUAGCCUGAGCUUUAACGAUAUAACCAUACAUCAUCCUUUGGUCUUUGAGAAUGUUUCGCAUACGCUGAAAAUUCUGGAGCUCUCGUUUGCUGUGUUUCCGGCUAGAAGCUUGGAAUCCCUUGAUCCGCUGGAUGCCCUGUUGCCACUCUCACAGCUGAUUUGGUUGGGCCUGGACAAUAACAAUCUGAAGAGCAUUUCGAAUGAGUCGUUUGCGCAAAUGCGCGAACUGAGCUACAUCAAUCUGAGCUUCAAUCAGCUGAAAGCGCUGCCACGCGGUCUCUUCCUGCCGGAUGCCCACAGCCAUCUGGUUGAGAUUGAGCUCUCCUACAAUGCCUUGGAGCGCUUGGAGCCGCAAACCUUUCACAAUCUGGGCGACUUGCAGACGCUUAAUCUGCAGUCGAAUCGUCUGCGCAGCAUUGCCCGUCAUGCCUUUCACAAUCUCGAGUUCCUACGCUAUAUAGAUCUAUCGUACAAUCGCUUGACCAACAUAUCCCAUGCCGCUUUUACCGUGCUGCCCAAUCUGGCUGCACUAGAUCUUAUGCAUAAUCAGCUGUGUGGCAUAUCCUUGAAGUCCUUUCACUAUGUCUCGAAUGCGACAACUCCGCUGCGACUCAAUCUUAGCCACAAUCACAUCUCGAGCUUCGAUGAUGAACUGAGCAGCUAUAUGUAUAUAUAUCAGCUGGACAUCAGUCACAAUCAUGUGGCCAAGUCGGAUAGUUUUACCAAUCUGGCCAAUACGCUGCGCUUCCUCAAUUUGGCCCACAACGCUUUGGGCGCUCUGCAAAGUCACGCGUUCGGGGACUUGGAAUUCCUGGAGAUUCUGAAUCUGUCCCACAACAAUCUCAGCUCGCUGCGUCGCCGCAGCUUUCAGGGUCUGAACAGCCUGCAGGAGCUGGAUCUCAGCCACAAUCAGCUGGACCAGCUACAGGUGGAGCAAUUCUCGAAUCUGCGCAAGCUGCGAAUUCUGCGCAUCUGCUCCAAUCGGCUGCGCGCUUUGCCGCGCGAGGUGUUCAUGAACACGCGCCUGGAGUUUCUGGACAUAUCCGACAAUCAGCUGAGCGUUUGGCCCGUGCCGGCUUUUACGGACAUCGGCUUUACACUGAGAUCCAUUCAGAUGUCGCGCAACAGUCUGGAGUAUCUGGACGCUUCCAUGUUUGUCAACUCACAGUUCCUCUACGACAUAAGUUUGGCGCGCAAUCGCAUAACUAUACUGCCGGAUAACACCUUUAGCUUCCUUAACAAUCUGACCAAUCUGGAUCUAUCCGAGAAUCCGCUAGUGACCACCAAUUUGCGUGAGGUCUUCGUGCACACGCCGCGUGUACGCAAACUAAUCCUUCAUCACAUGGGCCUCUAUGUUCUGCCCACGCUGAAGCUGCCGCUGCUCUCCUACCUGGACGUCAGCGGCAAUUAUCUGCAGGAGUUGUCGCCGCUGGGUGGAAUGCGGCACCUGCGCUACGUCAAUAUCUCCCACAAUAAGCUAAUAAAUGCCAGCUGCGCUGUGGAGCAUUUGCCACCUUCUGUAAGGGUUCUGGACCUGGCGCACAAUCCCCUACGUCGCAUCACUCUGCACGAUCUGCUGAGCCUGCGCCAUCUGUCGGAGCUCAAUCUGCUGGACGUUAAGGUGGCCAAUCCGCAGGCCUUCUCCAAGCUGCGUUCGUUGCGAAAACUCCAUGCCAGCUCGCAUGCAAAUCUGGGCGAUUUGGUGGCCCGUCUGCCUGGCCUGCAGGAGCUGCGCGUACACUGCCUGGAGCCCAAUAUUGGGGGUCAAUUGCUGGCCAAGCUGGCCAACAAUACGAAGCUCCAGCUGCUGGAGCUGUACGGCAGCAAUGUGCAGACCAUAUCACCCGAUGUCUUCACUGGACUCUCGCGCAAUCAGCGGCUGAAGGUGAAGAUCUCCCAUACGCGCAUCUCGGAUCUGCCGCCAGGCAUUUUCUAUACACUGCGCGCGGUGCCCCACCUAUCCAUUGAUAUCUCGCAUAAUCGCAUCAAUGCAUUGGCCGCCGAUAGCUUCUAUCCCAACAAGAGCUACUGGGAUGCGGUGGGCACGCGCAGCAUUAUGGGCGGCCUCAUAACCGCGCACAAUCCGCUCGAAUGCGAGUGUGGCCUGGUCUGGUUCGGGCAUUGGCUGCGUCGCUGGCUGCGCGAAUCGGCGCAGAUCAAAGUCAUACAAAAGGAUGACCUCAAGCGUAUGGUGCAGCGUGCGCGAGCCAACACCUGCCACGAUACUGCAUCGGGCCGCCAUCUGCCCAUACUGGAGAUUUUUCCCGAAGAUCUGCUGUGCCAGGCCAGCGCUUUGAGCAGCUCCGGUCAGCGCAUCUUCCUGCUAUCCUUUGCGGCGGCGUUAACGCUGCCUCUGUUCACCAUAUCCCUUUGAUGUUGGCUCUAGUAGUUGCUGCAACUGGCCAACUGAGAUGCCUGUUGGAUAACGAUAAUAUAUAUGUAUGAUAUUUGUAUAUAAAGUUGAACAUAAUAUAUAUAUAUAUAAAUAUAUAUGUACUAAACGUAGCCAGAGUUUUGGCAGCACUUGGAAUUAGCUAAUGAACCCAAACAAUAACGGAAAAGAGAAAAAUAGAGAAAAAAUAAACAGCAAAUCGGUUUAUGUCCACUCGUAAUGUGUAAGUUUUAUAUAUGCAUAUGAAAUAUGUAAAAGUAUAUAUUUACGGAAGAUACACACAUAUAUAAAGUAGGACUUUAAAAGACUGCGGCACGUUGUCGCAGUCUUUCAGCGCCAAGCGGUCGGGAGUUUACAUAAUUUUAAUUGUUAUUCAAAUUAUUAUUCACUUCUUCAUUCCUUUUUCGGACUUAAUAUAUUGUCUAAUUACUUCAUCUUAACGCUUCAGUAAACUAUUUUCGACACUAAUUAGUGCUCACAGCUGUUCCGUAUUAUUAUUUAGAUUGUUUAUCAUGCGAUACUCUUGUUUUAGCAAUUAUUUUUCAUAUAAUCAUUUACUUAACCACCAUCAAAAGACCAUUAGGUUAUUUAAGUGCAGACGCUACACACCCUGUCCGCUUAGCGCUGAGUCUUGGCCAACUUAAUGGUAAUUAAUACAAUCGAUUACAUAAAAUCACAAACACAUUAACACACACACACACACGUACAAGCGGAUAUAUGUUGAUUCCUAAUAAGUGACAAGGACACAAACAUCAUACUUAUUUAUAGACACACCCACACACAUACAUACAUGCAUACACACACACAAUUAGAGCGUAGUUAAUAAACACUUUUGCAUCUAUAGAUUUAAUAGACAAUUAAGUUGUUAAUAAUAGUAUACAUGAGGUAUAUAUAUGAUAUAUAUAUGAGUAAUUUUAAAAGCUGAAACCGAUUCUAGAUACAAGUAUGGAAUACAACUUAGCAGCAAGGCCAAUAAGUAAAUGAUAAAUAAAUAAAUCUAUAUUAAAUAAUUUAAUAAAUAUAACUAAAUAUAUGAAUAUUUAAAGAUACGAAUAUGAACAUAACGAUCAAUUGGAUAGCAAUUACAAUGGUUUUUUAAUGAACGUAGAAAAAAGCGCCACCUUGCACACUUAUCACUUAAAAAAUAAAUUUAAAUUGAAAAAACAAAAUGCAAAAAAAAAACGAGGACUACUAGGGGUUUACGAACUUUGGCGGCAGUCAAUUUUUAACACACAUAUAAGUACAUAUCAGUUUUGGCAAAAGUAAUAUAAUAAAACAUAAUGAAAAGCGUAAACAUUUACAGAGUGCACACACACACACACACACACACACACACACACACACACACACACUCACACACA